UAAUAGUUUUAAAUAAUGGCUUACAUUAUUUAAAACAAUCAUCGGAACAUAUCUAUGCUCCUCAAGCGAGCAGAUCUGAAGUUGUUAAAGCUGUUGCUAAAAUCAAAAAAUGUGUCUUGGAGACUAGGAAAAAACCAACUCAGCUUAUUCAAGAUAAUAUGAAUAGUAUCCCUGAAGAAGUCAGACCAUAUAUGCCAACGCUUAGUGCCCUUCGCAGAGUGGUAACUCGUGCUCAAAAAAAUAAAGGAUUACAAGAACUACAAAGUGCUUCAGAUCUUAUUUUGCCACCUUCACUCUGCAAUACUUUAGGUGGUAACACUUUUUUAGUUAAAGAUCAUAAG